AUGGCCAAGUCGCCCUCAAUAUCAUCCAUAUCCUCGACAGGAAGUAACAACUCCACCGACAACCUCCUCAAGAAGUUGGGUGCCCAAUCCGCAGCUGCCGUGCCCCCCGAGAACGGUGUGGAAACAUCCCAAACAACACCCAGACUGCCACUUUCGCCCACGUCCAUCAACAGUGGCGACAAGAAGAAACCCAUCAAGUUCACCGUGCGCAAGGUGUCGCACGAACCCAUCCAGUCACCUACGCUUGGGGCAGGCUCCAAGACCAAAGGCACCGAUGUCAAGGAGCACGACCGUGACAAGCUCGAGUUGGCCCAGGCCAAAUACGACCACUGUGUCAACAAAAUCAAUAAGAUCGACAAGGAGAUCGACUUCUUGACCAAACUCCUCCCACCCUACAACGUGGAAAUCGACUACGCCACCCGGACCAAGAUCACCAAGGCCAUCGAGAAGUUGCGUAUGAGACAGGACGAGAUAGAAAAGAAGAAGUACAGCUUGGGUAUCACCAUCAGCAGACUCUGGAGGGUCCAUGAUGACAGUGACAUCUGGGUGAGGCAGUGCAGCAAGCAGUAG